AUGUCAGCCAAUUACGACCACGAAGCGGUCAAGCACGUCGCGGACCCUUCGUCCACGCAGACGACCAUCUCGCCCAUCACCGGCCAACCGAUUGUCGUUCGUCGUCUGCCCAGCGUCAACGACGUCGAUCGAAUCCUGUACAAGUCCCAUGCUGCUCAUUUGAAAUGGCGUCAAGUGCCCUUGAGCAAACGGAUCGAGCUCGUCAAGGCAGGAAUUACGCAGCUCUCGUCCCGUGCGACCGAGUUGGCGCAGGAGAUUACGGAGCAGAUGGGUCGCCCUAUUAGGUACACCGAAGGGGAGAUCAAGACGUUCGAGGAUAGGGCGAAUUGGUUGGUGGGCAAGGCAGAGAGCGCGCUCAAGGAUGAGAGUGUGGAUGAGGGACGUCCGGAGGGGUUCAAGCGGACGAUAAGGAGGGCCCCUGUCGGAAUUAGUGAGUCCGCGGGGGGAUGUCAAGGGCUGCUCAUACAGCGGAGCAUAAGUAGACUGACGCCAUGUGCUUACGUACAGCCUUCCUGAUUGGUGCUUGGAACUUCCCUUGUCAGUCUUGUUGGCGGGUGUUCCGUGUGGCGUGACCCCCACAUCGUGCUGACUUGUAAUCCCCUCGACACCGAACGCAGACAUGAUCCAGGUUAACGCCUUGAUCCCUUCCCUUCUCGCCGGUAACUCGGUGAUCCUCAAACCUUCUCCUCAGACGCCCUUGACCUCGGAACGCGUUGUCGAAGCCUUCACCGCCGCCGGCCUUCCUUCGGACCUUCUCCAGUGCGUUCAUCUCAACCCCAUCCAAAUGGACAUGGUCGUCGCACACCCCCUGGUCCCCUUUGUCAGCUUCACGGGGAGUGUCGAGAACGGUCGAAAGGUUGAGAUCGCCGCUGCGUCCAAGGUUCGACAUGGGUUCAAAAUGGUCGGCCUCGAGCUGGGCGGCAAGGAUGCUGCCUACGUCAGGGAAGGUAGGCGAUGAUCGAGUGCUCAGUUUCGAAUGUUCAGCGGUAAACUUUGUGUUAUGUUGUAUCUACAGACUCGGAUCCCAAGUACGCCGCAGAGAACAUCGUCGAUGGUGCCAUGUUCAAUUCUGGCCAAUCGUGCUGCGCCGUCGAGCGCGUCUACGUUCACGAAAAGGUCUAUGACGCUUUCGUCGAGGAGUGCGUCAAGGUUGUCAAGGUAGGUACCAUGGACCAACGUUUGGGUGUUCUUGUACUAAUAUAAUGUCCUGCUUUGAACAGGGGUACGUCCUCGGUGACCCCCGAGAACAAGCGACAACUCUCGGACCGGUCGUCUCGCUCCGAUCCGCCGCGGCCAUUCGAUCGCACAUCGCCGAAGCCGUUCAAAUGGGUGCAAAGGCCCUUAUCCCCGAAUUUCACUUUCCCGAGGCCAAAGAGGGUACGACCUACGUUGCCCCUCAAGUGCUCGUCGACGUCAACCAUUCGAUGAAGGUUAUGAUGGAGGAGACCUUUGGACCCGUGAUGGGCAUCAUGAAGGUGAGUUGUGCCCUAACUUUCCAAGCUGCUUUGAAGCAAUCAAGGACUGAAUUCGACGACUUUUUUCGCCCUCAGGUCUCAUCGGACGCAGAAGCCCUCAAACUCAUCAACGACUCGCCCUACGGUCUCACCGGCUCCAUCUGGACCAAAUCUGAAGCGGCCUUUGAAGCGCUCGUCGACCACGUCGAAACAGGCACUGUGUUCAUGAACCGAUGUGAUUACUUGGAUCCGGCUUUGCCUUGGACCGGUGUGAAGAAUUCGGGCCGAGGUAUCAGUUUGUCAAGGUAUGGUUUUGAUGCGGUCACUAGGGCUAAAAGUGUUCAUGUUAGGCCUUUGGCUUAG